GUGAAAGUCUUCAUCUGGCUCAACCAGCUGCUCAAGUGACAGCUCCUGUCUUCGUGCUGCCGCAGGCUCCUACAGUGAAAAGAAAAAGUUAAUAAAUAAUAUAUAUAUAAAAAUGUCGCUCUUUUCCGAAGUCCCCCAGGCUGCUCCCGUGGCUGUCUUCAAGCUGACGCAGGAUUUCAAUAACGACCAGUUUCCCAAUAAAGUGAACCUCGGAGCAGGAGCCUACCGGACAGAUGAAGGCCAGCCCUGGGUUUUGCCAGUGGUGAAAAAAGUGGAGAAGAUCAUUGUGCAUGAUGACAGGCUAAACCAUGAGUACCUGCCCAUCCUGGGCCUGCCUGAGUUCAGAUCCUCAGCUUCCAAGAUUGCACUGGGAGACGAAAGUCCUGCCAUCCAGGAAAACAGGGUCGGAGCUGUCCAGUGUCUGGGUGGUACGGGUGCUUUGAAGAUAGGCGCAGAGUUUUUAAGGCGGUUCUACAAUGGGAACAACAACACUAAAACACCCGUCUACGUGUCUGCACCUACCUGGGAAAAUCACAAUGCUAUAUUCAGCGACGCUGGCUUUCAGGAUGUCCGUCCCUACAAGUACUGGGAUGCAGAGAAAAGAGGCCUUGAUUUCCCUGGUUUCCUUGGUGACUUGGAAAGGUGUCCAGAGCAUUCAAUCUUUGUCCUGCAUGCCUGUGCCCAUAAUCCGACUGGCAGAGACCCUACCCAGGAGCAAUGGAAGCAAAUCGCUGAAGUUAUGAUGAGGAGGAAGCUGUUUGUGUUCUUUGACUCGGCUUAUCAGGGAUUCGCCUCAGGUAGUCUGGAGAAAGAUGCCUGGACGCUGCGCUACUUUGUUUCCCUGGGCUUUGAACUGUUCUGUGCCCAGUCGUUCUCCAAGAACUUCGGACUGUACAAUGAGCGUGUGGGCAACCUGACCAUUGUGGCUCGCGAUGCAGAUAACCUGAAGAGAGUUCUCUCCCAGAUGGAGAAGAUCGUCAGGACCACCUGGUCCAACCCACCGUCUCAGGGAGCUCGCAUUGUCGCCAUCACUCUUACCUCACCUGAGCUUUUUAGUGAAUGGAAGGACAAUGUGAAGACCAUGGCUAACAGGGUCUUGCUGAUGAGGUCUCAGCUGAAAGCUAAGCUCCAAGCUCUGGGGACACCAGGGACGUGGGACCACAUCACAGACCAGAUUGGCAUGUUCAGUUUCACAGGCCUCAAUCCCAAACAAGUGGAAUAUUUGGUGAAGGAGAAACACAUCUAUUUGAUGGCCAGUGGUCGCAUCAACAUGUGUGGCUUGACCACCAAGAACAUCGACUACGUGGCCGAGUCCAUCCACGAGGCCGUCACCAAAGUCCAAUAGAAGAACUGCACUAUACCCACAAUUCUCAGCACUUCCUGCUACACUGAUCCCAGGAAACAUGUUUGUAUCCAGUUUUCCAGAUUUUCUGGAGCAAAUACAAACUCUCAUUUGUGCAGACAGCUCACAGGCCCUGGUUUCUCUUUCUUUCAGUGUUUGUUCUUUGCUAGGCUAAACACAUGCUGGACCAAGUUUUCUAUAGAGUGCACAAAGAUGCAUGGAUCCUUUUUAUCUAACACCCACAUUUUCCAAACUUUGAAGUAAUUAUGCGACCAUGUUCAUAAUAUUUCAUUAUGUUUCCCUCAGGUUAGUCAACAAACUGUUAGUGCUAGUCAGUCCCUGUCCCUGUUUUCUGGUUACCUCUACAGUCUAAAAAUGUUAUGCUGUUAUGAUUCAUCUAUCCCAAGUGUUAAAGUAUUUGUGUGGACAGCGAGCAGCAAGAUUUCUGCUGGAAAAAAAAAAGAGAUUAUUCAAAGCUUGUGCUUAUUUGUGUUUACCACCCCCACAAUGAAUGAAGAAUGAAGAAGCACUGUUUGUCAUUUCUAGAUGAAAUGCGUUCUCAGGAAGGUUUAAAUCUUAACUAUGUAAUUUAUUAACAAUAAUGUCUUCUGCCCAGAGGCACUAUGCUAAUUACCUCAUAUGUAAUCUGUGGAGUCUUUUGCUCCCAGUUGGCAUUCGGUGAGCACAGCAGACACUGAGCAUUCUGAACAGGUGUCGUCACUCCGGGGUCAUCUCAGUCUUCUCUGCUGCAUGCUGAAGGUUUUGAUGUUUCUGGUUCUGUCAGGUACCAGCCAGUGGAUGGUGACUGGUCAGAGCACCAGGGCACUGUUAUGCAAGAUUUGUGUCUCAUGGCACAAACAAACUAAUGAUCAACCAGGUUGCUGUCGCAUUACUAUGCAGCGCAUUGAUGAAAAAGUCGAAUUGUUUAACAGUGAAAAAUGGCCUCAGACGUUCUGGUGAAAUGAAUAAAAUCCAAUAAUAAAAAAAAAAAACUGUGAAAAAA